CUCUGAACUUACCUCGCUUCCAAGAAAACCCCCGCACUACUAACUACUAGCCCAGCGCCAAAGCACCACCAAAACCAACUGUUCACGGCUCUUCCCGCUCAACAUCUGUCAAACCUACAUAUCCCGCUCUUAUCAUUUGUUUAGUCAAGACGAAAAUGUCAGAUCAACAACCUCAAGAAUCUCCCGGGGCCCCUGAUCCUCACUGCCCUACAACAACAACCUCGCUACCACUUCGUCCACGCCUUCCCGGCGUCCAAAGCACAAUGACCGACCUUCUUGAACCAGAUCACCCAAAGACCACAUCUCCCCCUUUGCUCUCACCGGGCAUCUCAGUCCAGUUCCAUGGCGACCCAACCGACGAUGGCAGGCCGAGACCGGCAACGCCUCCUCACACUCAUUCGGCCCCUGCUCAAAUGCAAAAGUAUCCGAGUCCCAUGAGACAUCACAAACGAACCCCGUCCUUUCACAGAGAGGUCAAGGAAACCCUCAACGCCAGAUCCGAGUACCUGGGCGACGACAUCGACGGCUGUUCCCGCCAGCGCAUCAACCAAUAUCUCAUCAAGGAUGAGAUAGGCCACGGCUCCUACGGCGCUGUUCGUCUGGCUACCGACCAAUUCGGCAAGGAAUAUGCCAUAAAGCAGUUCUCCAAGGCUCAGCUCAGAAGGCGCGCUCAGUCCAACAUUCUUCGCCAUGCCCCAAGGGGUCCUCGCAACCAGUCCAUCUCUCGCUUCUCAGAGCAGAGGCUUCUGGAGGCCAAAGAUCCCCUUUCUCUGAUUCGGGAGGAGAUCGCCAUCAUGAAGAAGCUGAAUCAUCCUAACCUUGUCCAGCUGUAUGAGGUCCUGGAUGACCCUGAGGAUGAUUCACUCUACAUGGUGCUGGAAAUGUGUAAGAAGGGCGUGGUCAUGAAGAUGGGCAUUCAUGGAUCUGUUGAACCUUUGCCCGAGGAGCAGUGCCGGUUGUGGUUUCGUGAUCUCAUUUUGGGCAUAGAGUAUCUCCACUCACAAGGUGUGAUCCACCGUGAUAUCAAGCCGGACAACCUGCUCCUUACUGAAGACGAUGUCCUAAAGAUUGUCGACUUUGGAGUCUCUGAGAUCUUUAAAAAGACGGAUGAGAUGAAGACGGCAAAGCCUGCAGGCUCACCGGCUUUCUUGCCCCCUGAGUUGUGCGCAAAGCAUGGCGAUGUCGACGGCAGGGCAGCGGAUAUCUGGUCCAUGGGAGUCACCUUGUAUUGUCUGCGUUACGGCAAGCUCCCCUUCGCACGCGAUAACCAGCUGGAGAUGUGGGAAGCCAUCAAGACUGAAGAGCCUCAGUUCCCACCUGACGAGAACCCCGAGUUCGUUGACUUGAUGCGUAGGCUCCUGGAGAAGGACCCGGCAAAGAGAAUUACCAUGCGUGAGCUUAGGGAACACCCUUGGGUGACUAAGAACGGCGAAGACCCGCUGCUUAGCGAAGAAGAGAACUGCUCUGAGCCAAUUGAAGUGCCCAAUGCUCUCGAGAUCAACCAUGCCGUUACCAGGAGGAUGAGCCACCUGUUUUGCGUGAUGAGAGCAAUCUACAAGUUCAAGAGCCUCCUCAACCGCAACGGAGCCACGCGCAAAUCUCAAACCCAAAAUCUCAAAGUCCAACCUGGCGAAAACGAGCCACCAACAGCAGAUAUCGACUUUUCCAACACCAACUUCAAGGACCCUACGCUCGACGAAAAGAACGAUAAGGAAUCUACAGCCGAAUUCGCCAACCGCAUCCUCGAAGAGCGCAGAAGAUUCUUCAAACCCACCGGCCCCCGCGCCUUCGGCAUCAACCGAGCUCUACCCGCCACCGAAAACUCUUCUCCUUCUCCUCCUUCUUUUACACAACCAUCCACCACCACCUCAUCCUCCUCCACUACCACCUUGACCAACACAGUGACCAUCUCAGCCGGCCCAGGCCCAGGGACUUCCGAGCAACAACAGGCCCAACAACAACAGCCCCAACCACCGCCCCACCUCGGCAUCGGCGUAGGCGGCGUUGACGCAAGCUUCUCCAUCAACCCCUCCGACCUCCCGCCCGCCGACCACGUCUCCGAAAGCCCGACCAUGGUCGACUUCAACAUCUACGAUAACGCUUUUGAAGCCGAGAUUGAGCGGAUCAAGCGGUCGGCUAGCAUCAGUUCUAAUAGCGGCGGUCGCAGGAACAGCAGGACUAACGAACGUAGAGGGACCGGAACGGGGACGGGGACGGCGCCGACGUUUUACCAUACGAGGUUGAAUAAGAAGAGGCAUGAUACUACUAUUUUGGUGAAUGAUGGUCAAGAAGAGGCGGGGGAGGGGGGGCAGGGAUUGUGGUUUGGGACGGGGACGGGGAAGGGGAAGGGGGAUGAUAACAUGAAGGGGGCUGGGGAUACGCCGAGGAGUCUUUGGCAGCCGCAACGGGACGGGCGAGGGGAGGCGGAAAAGGAGGGAAGGAGUGGGUUUGCGGAUGUGGUGGCUAGAGCUAUGGAGGGGGCGAAGGAAGUGGUGGUUGGGGGGAGUGGGACGGAGGGAGAAGGGAAGGGGGCGGGGGGUGGUGGGCAAUAG